UUCGGAAAUGGGGUUCUUCCUUUUCAUCCUUCCGCGCCUCUAGCAUUCCUACCAUACUGUUCUCCGGCAACAUGCUUGACCCCGUUCCGGAGGGCGCUGUUUUCUUCUUGGAGUGGCCGAUGUGGGCCCGCUUAGCUCUUAUCUUAGGUGGCUUGCUUACGAUUAUCCUUACCACUGCCUUCGUUGUCAAGCUGAGAAAUUGGGCACGGGACAGAAGGCUGGAAAGAAGAGCAGCAGAAGAACAUGCCGAAAGAGGGGAGAUGACUCUGGUCAACUGCUUGGACGAAGAUAUACCCUUUGGCAUCCGCGCUUUGAUUGAAGAUCCCGAAGUCGAAGGGGUGUGGAACGCUCGAACGAUAACUGCUUUGCAUCUUGAUAGAGCCAGGUCUCCGCCUCCCUCGCGAUUGGCGACCAAAGCUAUUCAAUCCUCGUCGAUUUCCUCCACCUCAAUAUGCGAUUCCAUGGACAUAGGACUAGCGUCUCCAGAUGCCCUAACACCGUUCACGAACUCCACGGCGUUUGUUGAUCCACCAGCUGAAUCGUCAACCUCGAAGAAAGGGAAGACCAUUGUCAUAAGCUACAACGGUCCAUACAAUCGCACGGAAGCUGGCGAGGUCGUGCCAGGUCUGGCAAUUUCCGGUUUUGUACUCACCACGGUUCUUAUUACUGACACUCGUUACACAGAUAUUGUUCCUUCAAUGACAAAGGACGAACUGAGCCCAUCGCCCUCAAAAUUGCAGCUUCGUCCCAUCAUCAACCUACGAUCUCCAGGAGCGCGUAAGUUUGUCAUUGGUAACAGGCAGAGAAACAGUCAAGGACAUCAGAGGCUAGAAGCUCGUUCUGACCUCAACCCUCUGGAGCGCAUGGAGGCUCACAGACGCUUCCAUGCCGCAGAAAGUGGUCAACUCCUCCCGAGGAAUCGGCGGCACACUGACAUGGUCCUGACACCAACAUUCGCUCCAUCUCUUUCCGAUAGCGAGGACAGUGACGACUCUGCAUCCCGUGCUCUGUCGUGGCCGACUCGAAAUGGCAGUAUCAAUCUCGGCAAGCAGUUUUCUCGCAGGGCGAAAAGGAUGGAAGGACCAAGACCUGUGCCUUUCCGCGCAUUCGUCGAGUCCUUACCCACCACAAAACCUCCUCCUUCGGCGUGGACGGAGAAGACCCAGGCCAGAGUCGACGCGAAAAUCCUCCCUUCUCCCAAAACGAGUGAGACGGCCUCCAAUACUUCUCUGCACAGCCCGAGCUCUUCUACGAGUUCAAUGUCCGCGACGACUACAACGUCACCCGCAGGUUCGCUCUCCAUUGCAAAUACUCGAUCGCGGAAAGUCAAUGCUGGAUUUGAAAUACUACCUGCCGGCACACUGGAAAAGGGACCCAAGGUCAAGGACUUUGGGAAUCGGCACGAAGAACUGGAGAUGAGGAAGAAGCCUAAGAAGCUAAAGAAGCGGUCGCGCUCAAGUUCUGGAAGUCGACGAAGUUCAACAGAAAGUCGGCGACUCAGUAGCGACACCUUUUGUUUGCCGGUUCACUGAGUUUGUGGAGACUUUCAAUCCGUGUUGGAAUAGGGUUCUUAUAGCUUUGGAUCUGCAUCAUUCUACAAGGCUAUCCAUUCGUUGUUCAGAGGCAAUCCCGUCCGCAAUGGGCGUUUGUUGGCAUACCUCAAUUGUCUUGGGAAUUAGUUGUCCGGCUUUGCUUUACACAGCGCACAGGGACCCCGCAACGAAGGCACUGACCUAUCAUUGUUUGGUCACUGUAAUGAUAAUAAUGAUAAUGGC